UGCCCGACUGGAGGAAAGCAGGGAGAGAGAGAGAGACGUAAGGCAUUGGUUUGCGGCGUGUUCAAGGGUGGGGAUUAUGUUCGCUGUCGUAAACGGGUGCAAGUGCAGCCUGCAGAGGCGUGUGGGCUGGGUCACACUUCUUCUUUAAAAGACACUUGCGGAGUUUGGUGACCAGUGGACAGGAGUUUCCGCGAGAGGCGUUCUCUCUAGUGUAUUUUGAUUUUCAUUUUUUUUUUUUUUUGUACUUACACUUGCUGCUGGGAGGCAGACAUGGACAAGUUUGUUUUGUCAGUGGCGUUGGUUCUGCAAGUGGUGCAGCACUGUGAUGCUCUGCCAGCCGGCUGGCUGCCAGGAGAGUAUUCCAACACGGCGGCCGAUGCCGUGAGGUUCCUCGGCGAUUACAACAGCACAGCGGAGGAGGUUUUCUUCUACAGCGUGUCGGCCAGCUGGAACUACAACACCAACUUGACACAGUACAACUCGCAACUGCAGGUAAACGCAUCCUUGGAGGAGCAAGCUUUCACCGAGGCCUGGGGUCUCAAGGCCAAGAGGGUGUUCACCCGUGAGCUGCUUGACACCCUUGACCCCAAGGACCAGAAACUGAUGAGCAACGUCAUGGUCCUCGGAGCCGCCAACCUGCCUCCGGAAGAAAGAGGGGAGUACAACACCAUCCUCAGCACCAUGGACAGUAUUUAUUCCACCGCUAAAGUGCAUCCGCAGCCCAACGUCAGCUGGAGCCUGGAACCUCAUCUCACCGACAUCAUGGCCAACUCCCGCAGCUACAAGAAGCUGCUGUACGCUUGGGAAGGUUGGCACAACGCGUCGGGCGUCCCCCUCAAGGCGUACUACCCGAAAUUUGUGCAGCUCAGCAAGAAAGCCUCACAAGCCGACGGAUUUAACGACACGGGGGCCUACUGGCGCUCUUGGUACGAGACGGGCAACUUCCAGGAAGUGAUCGAGCAGCUGUACAAAACAAUCGAACCGCUCUAUCAGCACCUGCACGCCUUCGUGCGCCGGCAACUCUACAAGCAGUACGGCCCCAAGUACAUCAACCUGCGAGGACCCAUCCCCGCUCAUCUGCUGGGAAACAUGUGGGCCCAGACCUGGAACAACAUCUACGGCUUGAUGAUACCGUUUCCUGACAAACCUAACAUGGAUGUGACUGGAGAAAUGCUCAAGCAAGGCUACAACGCGACGACCAUGUUUCGCGUUGCCGAGGAGUUCUUCACAUCUCUGGGUUUAGCCGAGAUGCCUCCAGAAUUCUGGCAGGAAUCCAUGCUGGAGAAGCCAGAUGAUCGAGAGGUUGUGUGUCACGCGUCCGCCUGGGACUUUUACAACCGCAAAGACUUCAGGAUCAAGCAGUGCACCACAGUCACGAUGGAGCAGCUCUUCACCGUCCACCACGAGAUGGGCCACGUGCAGUAUUACCUCCAGUACAAGGACCAACCCGUGGGCUUCCGCGGCGGGGCCAACCCCGGCUUUCACGAAGCCAUCGGCGACGUCCUAUCUCUGUCCGUCUCCACCCCCAAACACCUGAAGACCAUCGGACUGCUGCAGUCGGCGACGUCCGACCCUGAAUCCGACAUCAACUACCUGUUAAAGAUGGCACUGGAGAAGAUAGCCUUCCUUCCUUUUGGCUACCUUAUCGACCAAUGGAGAUGGGGCGUAUUUGGGGGCAACAUCCCCCCGGAGCGAUACAACGCAGAAUGGUGGUACCUCAGGACAAAAUAUCAAGGCAUCAGCCCACCCACCAAGCGGACCGAGGAGCACUUUGAUGCCGGCGCUAAAUUCCACAUUCCCGGAAACACACCGUACAUCAGGUAUUUUGUGAGCUUCAUCCUGCAGUUUCAGUUCCACGAAAAACUGUGCCAAGCGGCCAAACACACUGGACCCUUGCACACAUGCGACAUCUACCGCUCUGCCGAAGCAGGGGCCAUUUUAAAAAAAGUUCUUCAGGCGGGUUCCUCCAAACCUUGGCCUGAAGUGCUUCAAGAUGCCAUCGGGACGAACAAGAUGGACGCCGGCGCACUGAUGAGAUACUUUCAGCCCAUUAUCGAGUGGCUGGAAAAACAAAAUGUCAACGAGGUCCUGGGGUGGCCUGACUUCAACUGGGUACCGCCCAUUCCGGAGGGCUAUCCAGAGGACAUUGAUAAGAAUACAGAUGAGCUGGCUGCCAAGAAUCUUCUGGAUGAAUACAAUAGUACAGCGGAAGUGGUGUGGAAUGCCUAUACGGAAGCCUCCUGGGCGUACAACACUGACAUCAAUGAAGCCAACAAGCAGAACAUGCUCCAGAAGAACCUGGACAUGUCGGCCCACACGUUAAAAUACGGCCAACGGGCGCGGCGGUUCGACACGACGGACUUCCAGGAAGACGCAGUCAAACGCAUCAUCAAAAAACUCAGCGACAUCGAGAGGGCCGCGUUGCCGUCGGCGCAGCUUAAGGAGUACAACAAUCUCCUGUCCAACAUGGAGACCAAAUAUAGCGUAGCAGAAGUGUGCAGAGAUAAUGGCCAAUGCCACCCACUGGAUCCCGACCUUCAGAGGAUCAUGGCAGAGUCCAGAGAUUAUGAUGAGCUGCUAUUUGCCUGGAAGGGCUGGCGAGACGCAGCCGGCAAAGUACUUCGCUCGGAUUACGUGCGAUAUGUGGAACUGGCCAACCAAGCUGCCAGACUCAACGGUCACAGCGACAACGGCGCUUUCUGGCGCUCGCUGUACGAAACGCCGACCUUUGAGGAGGACCUGGAGAGACUGUGGAAAGAACUUGAGCCGCUCUACCUGAACGUGCACUCCUAUGUUCGCAGGGGUCUGUACAACAAGUACGGCCCUAAACGGGUCAACCCGAGGGGGCCCAUACCUGCUCACUUGCUCGGUAACAUGUGGGCGCAGACGUGGUCUGGCAUCAUGGAUCUGGUCAUGCCUUAUCCGCACGCCACGCAAGUUGACGCCACGCCGGCGAUGGUGGCAAAGGGCUGGAAUGCCAAAAGAAUGUUCCAGGAAUCAGAUAACUUUUUCACCUCUCUGGGGCUGCUGCCAAUGCCAAAAGAGUUCUGGGACAAAUCCAUGCUGGAGAAGCCCACCGACGGGCGCCAAGUGGUCUGCCACGCUUCCGCAUGGGACUUCUACAACAGAAAAGAUUUCAGAAUCAAACAGUGCACCGUUGUGACCAUGGAUGACUUGAUCACCGUCCAUCACGAAAUGGGCCACGUCCAGUACUUCCUGCAAUAUAAGGAUCAGCCCGUGGCGUUCCGCGGGGGCGCCAACCCUGGCUUCCACGAGGCCAUCGGCGAUGUCCUGGCUUUGUCCGUGUCCACACCCAAGCACCUGAAGAGUAUCGGCCUCCUGGACAAAGUGGAAAACAAUCACGAGAGUGACAUCAACUUUCUGAUGAACAUGGCACUUGAUAAAAUCGCCUUCCUGCCGUUUGGCUACCUGAUGGACCAGUGGAGAUGGAAAGUGUUUGACGGACGCAUCCCGCCGUCCGAUUACAAUAAAGAAUGGUGGAACCUCAGAAUGAAGUACCAAGGCCUGUGUCCACCCGUCCCCCGCGACGAGGACGACUUCGACCCAGGUGCAAAGUUCCACAUCCCGGCUAACGUUCCCUACGUGAGGUACUUUGUCAGCUUCAUUAUCCAGUUUCAGUUCCACAAGGCCCUGUGUGACGCUGCCAAGCACGUGGGGCCCCUGCACACGUGCGACAUUUACAAAUCGAAGGAGGCCGGGAAGCUGCUAGGAGACGUGAUGAAGCUGGGUUUCAGCAAGCCCUGGCCCGAGGCCAUGACCAUGAUCACAGGCGGGCCCAAGAUGAGCGCCAAACCACUCAUGGAGUAUUUCGAACCUCUCAUUAAAUGGCUGGAGCGAGAGAACGAUAAGAACGGGGACAUCCGCGGGUGGCCCGAUUACGACUGGAAGCCUUUAACGGGUGACGCCGAGGUGAAGACCAGCACGGUGGACUUCCUGGGAAUGAACGUGGACAGUGCGGCCGCCAUUGCGGGCCAGUGGGUCCUGCUGGUGCUGGGCCUGGUCCUGUUGGUUGCCACCAUCUUCCUGGCGUACAGAUACAGGAAGUCAAAGAGGUCCAACAUGUCGUUAUCAACGAUAGAGCUCAAGCAAAAAGACUGAGUGGCAACUGCAGCUUGGACGGAAACCAGCCUAAUGUGAAUAUCGGUGUUUUGUCAUUCUGUACAGCGCAUCUGAUCACAUUUGAUUUGAUAAUAUUCGUUUUGGGUCUGCCUCCCUAUUACGUCUUUUAUAUUUAUUGUAUACUCCAAUUAUAUAUUUGCAUAUGCAAAAAAAACAUUGCAAUUUUGUAAUUUAUUAGGAAUAUGUUAAUAUGUAG